AUGGCAUCCAGCACGAACACUCCGCAACAGGACAAACCCUUCCUGCCUUACCCUUUUACUGAGACUCAACCUCCUCCUGAACUCGUCACACAAGGCGCAGAAGCCCUUCUUUACCGCACACACUUCCUCAACCCCUCUACACCCGCCGCCUUGAAGGCGCGUCCAAGUAAAGCGUAUCGACACCCCACUCUCGAUGCCCGAUUAACCAAGCAGCGGGUUCUGGCUGAGGCAAGAGUGCUAGUCAAACUCUCCUCAUUGGCGAGUGACCCCGAAAAUGAAGUGAAAGUUCCAGCAGUGCUGAGCUUGGAAUGGGACGCGGCGAGAAAAGUCAAAGGCUUGACUGAAAGUCAACGAGAUACCCGCAGGACGACAGGCGGAGGCGCCUGGUUACUUAUGGAGUGGAUCGAGGGCAGAUGCGUCAAAGACUUAUUACGCGAAUGGGAUGCGUGGUACAAAGGCGGGGUUUCCAAUAUGCCGUCAGAGGAAAUCCAAGCGCAAGAAGAGGAAGUGAAGAAAUUACUGCGCAGAAUUGGAAGAGCAGUGGGCGCGAUGCACAACAAAGGCGGAGUAGUGCAUGGCGAUUUGACGAGCAGCAACAUCAUGAUAAGGCCUUCGACACAUCUGUCUACUCCCAACGGCUCACCUACGACUACCGACGGGACCGAGAAGGGCCAAGAUAAGCCUGCAGCACCGCCGAAUUUCGAUGGGGAGAUUGUAUUGAUCGAUUUCGGACUGGCCACUCAGUCAGUACAAGAUGAGGACCGCGCGGUCGAUCUGUAUGUCUUGGAGCGGGCUUUCGGAUCAACCCACCCAAGACAAGAAGGCUGGUUUGAUGCCGAAGUGCUACAAAGUCAAGAAGGAUACAGAGGUAGCUAUAAAGGUUCGAACGUGGUACUGAAGAGACUCGAAGAUGUCAGGAUGAGAGGCAGAAAGAGAAGCAUGAUCGGGUGA